GUUUCUCGCCAUUAACGGUGCUCCGCGCGCGUUUCAUUACGAAGUGGGAAGCAACAUUAUCAAUUUUCACGUUCCUGUAGAGCUGAAGGAUGCUGCAGACUUUGAAACAGCUGCCUCCUUAACAGGGUUUGGCUUAUACAAUUACCUAAUACUUGUCACAUCUCUGGUGUCUUCCCUGUCACAUCAGUUUGAUGCUUCUUCAUCGUCAUAUCUUCUACCAGCAGCACAAUGUGAUCUUGAAAUGAAGCUGUCUGACAAGGGUUUGCUAAACUCUAUUUCAUUUGCAGGGAUGGUUGCAACAUCAUUUCUGUGGGGCUUCUUGUCAGACAUGUAUGGCAGAAGAAAGCUUCUAGUCAUAGCUUACCUGUUGGAUGGAACUGUAAAUUUUAUAGGGAGCUUCACCCAGAGCUUUGCACUUUUAGUAGCCAUGAAAUUUUUGAGUGGUGCAAUAAUAUGUGGACCAGGUUCAAUACAGAAAACCUUCAUAUCAGAAUUUCACUGUGUGAAGUAUAGGACUCUAAUAAUGAUGCUGUCAGGAUUUUUGUUUGCUGUUGCAAACAUCAUCAUCCCAGUUGUUGCAUGGCUCAUAAUUCCAAACCCAUGGUCAGUGACAUUCUUUGGUGGAUACAUUACAUAUAAUUCUUGGAGACUCUUUGUGGCUGUUGGCUCUUUUGCAAGCUUCCUGGCAGCACUUCUCAUUUAUCUGUGCCCUGAAACGCCCAAGUUUCUUAUGACAAAAGGUCGCACAGAGGAAGCAUUGGAAGCAUUCAAAACUAUGUACAAAUACAACACCAGAAAAAAUCCAGAAUCGUAUCCGGUUAAGAAGUUAGCAGAUGAAAGUUGCGUAAACAUGGAGUUAUCAACAAGCACUGACAAUAGAAAGAGUACUUGCUCACAGAUAAGGUCUGGUCUGGAAGAAGCAAAGCGACUGUUAGUGAAACCUUUACGGAAUAGAACAAUCAUGAUUGUCAUAAUUCAGUUUUCUACAUUACUCAGUGUGAAUACUAUACGUCUUUGGCUACCGCAGAUGUUUGCAUCAGCUGAGGAGUACAUAGAACACCACAAAUUUAUGAAUAACACUAAUGAAUCUGUGUCAAUGUGUGAAAUGAUAUCAUUUACUGGUGUUUCAACCUCUUCCACAACCUCAAAUGAAGAAUUCUGUGGAGUGGGUAUGCUCAAAAAUACUGUUUAUGUAAACAACAUUAUUGUUGCGAGUUCUCAGAGUAUCUGUUUCCUUCUUGCGAGUUCCAUUGUUAAAUAUCUUGGGAAAAAAAUUACCAUGGUGAUAGCUUAUGUUGGAGCUGCAGUAUGUUUAAUGUCAGCUUACUGGACUUACAGCCCCUCAUCUACCUUGGCCUGCUUGGCUCUCUUUGUGUCAUUUUGCAGUGUGAGCCAAAAUACAAGUUUAGCCACUAUUGUGGACAUGUUCCCAACAAGCAUCAGGACCAUGGCAAUGAGUCUCAAUACAAUGUCAAGUCGAAUGGGAGCUUUUAGUGGAAAUUUAUCAUUUCCAUACUUGCUGGCAAUUGACUGUAUAGCUCCAUUUUCCCUGUUGACUGCUUUAGUACUGAUGUGUGCUGGUAUCACUACACUGCUUCCUGAUACUAACAAGGUGUCUCUUCAGUAAUGUAACGCAGCAGUAUCAAAGAUGGCAGCCAGCAAUGACACAAUAUGGUUUUGGUUUCAUGACAGUGAUAGCUAUUUUAAGAACUGCUUUAAACCAAUCCCUGCUGGUAUUUUGGGCAUCAAGAAAAGCAGAGAAGAAAUAUGAAAAUAGAACAAUUAAUCUGUUAUUGUACCAACAAAGCAUAGUGAGAUUUAGUUCAUAUUUUACUUUAGCCUACACCUUUUCUUUCCAGGUUGUUUACAUUGUUAUUAAACUGCCUGCUAACAUAUUUGGUU